AUUCAGCGAAUCAAUCGGCUACCUCCCUCAGCACCAUUCGCGCAACACAACUACAUGUAGAGAAGAGAUAGAUCGCUAACUAGCAGAGAGGAAUUGGACUCCCCCCCAGCAGGAGCAACGAUGAGAACUGCUGUGGGAAACAUGUACGACUGCACUGGCUCCCAUCUGCUGUCCUUCUUCGGGCUGAUUGUGUUGUUGCAGCCUGUCUGCCUGGCCUUUAACAUUGACACGGCUGACCCCAGUAUCUACUAUGGAGAUGGAAAUGGUUUCUUUGGACACAAGGUGCUGCAGGUCAGCGCUGGCGAAGACAAAGGGAUUUUGGUCACUGCUUCCCUGCAGCAAAAUGGUUCAGGAACAGUCUGCAGAUACAUGACACACGCAAACAGCUGCUUCACCCCUCAAGAGGCCAUGCCAGGCAGGCUGUUCGGAUGGUCAAUCGCUGAGGAACCAACCUUACUCAGGCUGAACCCGGGGCCCGUCAUUACGCACGAUCUGCAGCCUCCAGCCGGUAUACUCUUCUCGGACCAAGAUUGUACAAAGAAAACAGUGGACCUCGUCUUUUUAUUUGACGGCUCUGGGAGUAUAACCAGGGAUGAAUUCAACCAGAGCAAAGAAUUCAUUCUGGAUAUCAUGAACAGCAUCAAGAACUCCUCCAUCAAAUUUGCUGCAGUCCAGUUUUCGUCAAAGCCUAGGAAAGUGUUUGACUUCAACGAUUACCACAGCGGGGAGGCCACGAAGCUACUGAGGAACGAGCCGUUCAUGCAGUCUCUCACCAACACGUACCGGGCGCUGCAAUACACGCUGGACGAACUCUUUGAGAACCAGGCGGCGGGGGCCUCUCCCGACGCCACCAAGGUCCUGGUGACCAUCACAGACGGGGACCCCAGCGACAGAGACAGGAAUGGGAUUGUGAAGAAAUAUGAUGAGAAAGAAAUCAUACGCCUUGUGAUUGGGGUCAAACGGGUGAAGCUGGACACCCUUUACGCCCUCGCCUCAGAGCCCAAGACCGUGAACACUUUUCACAUCAAUAACUACAACGGACUCGCCGGAAUCCUGAAGAACUUUGAAGAAAAGAUCUUUAACAUAGAAGAUUCUCGAACGGCACUUUCUGAAAAACUGCAGUAUGAAAUGUCUCAGAGUGGGUUUAGUAGUGUCUACCACAAGGGUGCCUUGGUGCUGGGUUCGGUGGGGUCUAAAGACUGGCGUGGCUCGCUGUAUGAACGGGACGGGGCAGAACCAGGGAUACACAUUGAGGACCCUGACAUGAAGCACAGCUCCUACAUGGAUAGUACAAAGAAAACAGUGGACCUCGUCUUUCUUUUUGACGGCUCUGCAAGUAUGACCAGGGAUGAAUUCAACCAGAGCAAAGAAUUCAUUCUGGAUAUCAUGAACAGCAUCAAGAACUCCUCCAUCAAAUUUGCUGCAGUCCAGUUUUCGUUUAUGCCUAGGAAAGUGUUCGACUUCAACGAUUACCACAGCGGGGAGGCCACGAAGCUACUGAGGAACGAGCCGUUCAUGCAGUCUCUCACCAACAUGUACCAGGCGCUGCAAUACACGCUGGACGAACUCUUUGAGAACCAGGCGGCGGGGGCCUCUCCCGACGCCACCAAGGUCCUGGUGACCAUCACAGACGGGGACCCCAGCGACAGAGACAUGAAUGGGAUUGUGAAGAAAUAUGAUGAGAAAGAAAUCAUACGCCUUGUGAUUGGGGUCAAACGGGUGAAGCUGGACACCCUUUACGCCCUCGCCUCAGAGCCCAAGACCAACAACACUUUUCACAUCAAUAACUACAACGGACUCGCCGGAAUCCUGAAGAACUUUGAAGAAAAGAUCUUUAACAUAGAAGAUUCUCGAACGGCACUUUCUGAAAAACUGCAGUAUGAAAUGUCUCAGAGUGGGUUUAGUAGUGUCUACCACAAGGGUGCCUUGGUGCUGGGUUUGGUGGGGUCUAAAGACUGCCGUGGCUCGCUGUAUGAACGGAACGGGGCAGAACCAGGGAUACACAUUGAGGACCCUGACAUGAAGCACAGCUCCUACAUGGGCUACUCUGUGGCUGCUGGAGAAAAGGAUUCGGUGUCUCUGUACUUCACCGGGGCACCGUGGUACAAACACACAGGAGAGGUGGUGGUCUUCAGAAAGACGGACAACACCUGGAACGUGCUGCAAAGAGUGACCGGAGAACAGAUUGGCUCAUACUUUGGGGCGGAGCUGUGCCUGGUAGACGUCCAAUCAGACGGCCACGUUGACUUCCUCCUGGUGGGUGCGCCCAUGUUCCACUACCCUCAGGAGAAGAGAGAGGGGCAGAUAUACAUCUACAAACUGACCAAGAAGCUGGAGCUGGAGAGCGUGCUGAACGUGACGGUGCCGUCGCGGGGCCGCUUCGGCACCACGGUCUCAUCCCUGGCCGACCUCAACGGGGACGGGCUCAGGGACGUGGCCGUCGGGGCCCCCCUGGAGGACGACCUCAGGGGGGCCGUGUACAUCUACCUCGGCCACCAACACACCGGGAUCCGCCCCGCCUUCAGCCAGAGGAUCACAGCCGAUCCAGGGAACGCCCGGAUCCGUUUCUUCGGCCAGGCGGUGGACGGCAGCGGCGACCUGGGGGAGGACGGGCUGGCUGACCUGGUGGUCGGCUCGCGUGGCGCUGUCGUCGUCUUGAGGUCCAAGCCAGUGGUGAACGUCAAGGCGCGUCUGCUUUUCAAACCUGCAGAGAUAAGCACUGCCAGCAUCCAGUGUCCGAAUACCCAGACUGGGGCUGCUCUGCCCAUGGUCGUCCUCACCGUGUGCUUUGACUUGGCUGAAGUGACACGCAGUCGGACUGGAACUACGACCACGGGGCUGAACAUCUCAUACAGCCUGGAUAUGGAUCCUCUGAUCACAGCAGUCCGUGGGUUCUUCAGUGAAACAGGCAAACGAGAUCUUCAUCAGACUGUGGAGCUGGCGACCAAACACUGCUUCAAUCACUCCGUCAGCAUGCCGUUCUGUGUGUACGAUACGUUAUCACCCGUCGUCAUCAGACUGAACUAUACUCAACAUGAAAGCGAGAAAGCCGCCAACAUCCUGAAUGCAGACAGCGCCACACAGACUGCCACUGAGGUCCCCUUCGAGAAGAACUGAUGAACCAAUGACACCUGUUAGCGGUGGGUCAAUGGAGGGCGCUAGGACACCGCCCCUCCGUGAAAUAUUAAUUUGAAUAUAUCUGCCAACUAUUAAUCAUCUAUUAUCAAUACGAAAUAAAUCAACAAGUAUACAUAGCGUU